AUGUUGCGAAACGGACCAUCCUUUUUCAAACCAUCGGAAACAAUUGAUCGGCCUCUCCAUUUCAGAUUGUUGAAGUCUGACAGUAUAGCGACCGCGUUUCCGGUUUAUUCCGCGCAAGAUAUUCCUGAAGGCCUUGUACAUCACCUUCACGACCAAUUUAAUGCCGAAAUUGAAGCAGGUAAUACUUAUCCGCUAUUAGAGAAGCUUUCGCUUGACGAGUUCGUCAAUUAUUGGUUCCAUUCCUUUUGUGUUGUAGUUAUCAAAACGGAUGCUGAUCAAAUCAAUGCCUCCUGGACCAAUUGGAACGAGUUGUUUCUCGGAACUUUCUACAUCAAACCAAACUACGUGGGCCGCUGUUCCCACAAUUGUAACGGAGGUUUCCUAGUCAGCUCUCACCACAGAGGCCAGAAAAUUGGCUACAGAUUGGGUCAAGUUUAUUUGAAAUGGGCACCGCUUCUAGGCUACCAAUAUUCGGUAUUCAAUCUUGUUUUCGCCACAAAUGUGGCCAGUUGGAAGCUUUGGGAUGCGUUCAAGUUCAAUCGCAUCGGUUGUAUUCCUAAAGCCGCCGUCUUGAAAGGACACGACGAUCGUGUCGACGCCAUUAUGUAUGGUAAAGAUCUCACUUCCGUCGAACCUGAGCUCUUGCAUGACUUAACUAUAUAA